AUGACCCCCAUCACCUCCCCAGCCCAUUCAGAAGCCCCCCAAAGCCAAUCCAACAAGCUCUCAGCCACUUCAGAGCUCCUAGACCAAACCCUAGCCUCAGCCUCUGUCCCCCAUGAAGCCCUAGCCCCAUCUGAAGCAGCUCUAGCCCCAGGCACCCAAGAAGACCAAGGCCCCCCAGCCCCCCAAGAGGUCCUAAUCCCAUGUGAAGGAGUCCAAGCCAUGGCCCCUCAAGACCAAGCUCCUGCCUUUGUCCCCCACAAAGCCCUAGCCCCAUCUGAAGCAGCUCUAGCCCCAGGCCCCCAAGAAUGCCAAGACCUAUUAGGCAACCUAGCCGUAAACACACUUAAUGACAAUGAAGUGUCAUGA